AUGAUAGAUGAUUCAACACGCGUUCCUCUUGGAGAAAACAAGGACUACAUCAAUGCUAGCUAUAUUAGAAUAGUCAAUUCUGGAGAAGAAUAUUUUUAUAUUGCUUCUCAAGGACCACUGCCAAGUACCACAGAUGACUUUUGGCAAAUGGUUUUAGAGAAUAACUCUAAUGUUAUUGUCAUGAUAACCAGAGAGAUAGAAGGUGGAGUUAUCAAAUGCCACCAUUACUGGCCCAUUUCUAUGAAGAAGCCUUUGGAAUUGAAAAACUAUCAGGUCUUCCUGGAGAACUACCAGAUACUUCAAUAUUUCAUCAUCCGAAUACUUCAAGUUGUGAGGAAGUCUACAGGAACUAGUCACUUUGUAAAACAUGUGCAGUUCACCAACUGGCCAGACCAUGGCACUCCUGCCUCAGUAGAUGGCUUCAUAAAGUAUGUGCGUUUCGUGCGGAAGAGUCACCUUACAGGACCCAUCCUUGUUCACUGCAGUGCUGGCGUGGGCCGGACGGGAGUGUUCCUAUGUGUGGAUGUUGUGUUCUGUGCCAUUGAAAAGAACUUUCCCUUCAACAUCAGGAAUAUAGUGGCCCAAAUGAGAGAACAGCGUUAUGGCAUGAUUCAAACAAAGGAGCAGUAUUUCUUUUGUUAUAAAGUUGUGCUUGAAGUUCUUCAGAAGCUUCUGACUUUCGAUUAAGAAAGACUUCUGUUGCCUCACUCUUGAAAUUACCAAGUGGCUUGGAGCUGCCUCAUAAAGGACAUGUUCUAGCUGUGCUGAAGGGCUUUGCUGAUGCACACAAUGUGCUUUCUUGGUGUAUCAUUUGACUUUCUUUCUGACAACUUCCUGAAGGCAGCAUCAUUUAGUUUGGGGUGAACAGUGUUUAUCCAUUAAUCUUACUUAGAUAAUAUCAAAAUACCCUCCCACAUUUUCCAGUGAAACAAAAGUUGCAUAAAACAACUGCAGCCUAUUUGGCUGCAGGGAUUAUGGAA